AUGGAAAGCAAAUCAAAGCGAAAGGAAAGCUAUAGAAAUGAGCGAAAUUUAUCGCCCGAAAGAAGUAGUGGGAUAAAACGAAGUUCUAAAUGCCACGAGCAAAGCCUCGAGUACAAAAAUUCUCGGGCAGAAGAAAUGAAUGGAAGCACGAAGCGAAAAUAUAAAGUCGACACCAGCAAGCACAAUGAAAGCAGACAAAGCAAGGAUUUUGGUUUAAAAACGCGUGAUAGAAGCGCUCUAAAGGAGGCUAUUUCAAGUCAAGGUAGUUAUUCUACAAAGGAAAGCACCGGAUUUAAUAAUAGAAGAAAUCCACAAAGCAAAGAAGCCGUAGAAAUUAAUGGAAGUGUCGAACGAAAUAAACGCGAAUACAGUAGGAACUACGAAAUUCGGCCAGAUAAGGGUUAUGGUUUAAAAAGUCCAGAUAGAAGCCGUCCAAAAGACCCCAGUCCAAGGCAAAAAAGCCAGUUUAUGAGGAAAAACACAGAUAGCAGAAAAUUUCAAAGCAAAGAAGUGAACACAGAAAUGAAUGGAAGUGUGGAACGAAAUGACUACAGUAAAAAUUACGAAAUUCGGCCACAUAGGGAAUACAUGUACAAGGAUUACGGUUCAAAAAGCGAAGACAGGCGCCAUCCAAAGGACCCCAGGAAUAGCAGAGAUAGCCGAAAAUCCCACAGGAAAGAGGCAGUAUACAGGCAAUUGAAUGAAAUGCUGCAGAUGGAACAACAUCACACAAGAUAUGUGGACAGAUCCACUUCCGGCGAAAUCAAAUUCGUACUUUGGUGCCCGCAGUACAUCAAUCCCGACAUCAGAGGGCAUGUGCGAGGAGGGACCAGUUUAUUACAUCAUAGGUGUAGGAAAUGUAGAAAAAUCUGCUUUCAUUUGUUAGGCCAACCUGGAACAACUAGACUCUGUUUAGGCUGCUCAGGAUACAAGGAGAAGUAUAUUCCUGAUUGGUAUUAUCAUAAACGAUGCAAAUAUUGCCAGUAA